GCGGGACUCUGCGUGGAGGGGGGGAGCUCGGUGCGGGCCCCGGGGGCGGGGCCGUCCCGUCCGGCCUCCGUCCAGGUGCCGGGCUGCCCCCUUGCUUGGGGACUCGGUGGCACAGAGCCUGCGCUGCCUCCAGGCUGGAGUUCCAGGCGUGGGGACCCAGCUCAGAUGUUUCCCAGCCCUCCUUGGCGGAAUUUCUGCAGAAGGAAACAUCAGAUCAAGACAGAAGAUGGUGAAUCCAAAAGCUGAUGUUAAACUUAAGACUCCCAGGGUGACUGCUGCUUCAGUCUCCACGGAGUCCUUAAGAGGUGCAGGAGAUUCUGUAGAUGGACAGAAUUUCUGCAGGAGAGGAAUGAAGAGUGCAUCAUUGAAAGAUUUAUGUCUUGAAGACAAAAGACGCAUUGCAAACUUAAUUAAAGAACUGGCCAGAGUAAGUGAGGAAAAGGAAGUGACAGAAGAAAGACUCAAAGCUGAGCAGGAAUCAUUUGAGAGGAAGAUCAGGCAGUUGGAAGAACAGAAUGAACUGAUCAUCAAAGAAAGGGAAGCUCUUCAACUACAGUAUAGAGAGUGCCAAGAACUUCUAAGCCUCUAUCAGAAAUAUCUGUCAGAACAGCAAGAGAAGCUCACUAUGUCUCUCUCAGAACUUGGUGCUGCUAAAAUGCAGGAACAACAGGUAUCCAAUAGGAAAGGCGCUCUCCGGUCUUCGUCUAUGGAACUGGAUGGUUCCUACCUGAGUGUAGCCAAACCACAAACCUACUAUCAAACCAAGCAAAGGCCUAAGUCUGCAAAUCAGGACCUAUCUUCAGAAUCCCUUGCAGAGUUUAGGAAUAAUUCUUUGAAACCAGCAGCUCUUCAUUAUCCCAAAAAGGAUGUGGGCAAGGUGCCAUCAGAGACCACGACGUGUAGUUAUGGAUCCCCAGGAAGAAAGCUAGUAGAUGCAGUUCCUACAGAGAAAACUGCACCAGAGGAGCUGAGGACGAAGGAAUGCCAACACCUUAAGGCCGCCCUGUCUAGUCAGUGCUGUGGUCACAGACUUGCUGACAAUGCAGAUCACAUUCAAGAGAGCCAUCCUACAAACGUGGCCCCUCAACAUUCCAAGACUCAUCUGGAAUCAUGCAGUUGUUGUGGGCUUUCCUGGGCAUCUCUGUUGCGUGGCCACGGGGCGCUGCAGCCUAGUGAAACGGAUAUCAAAAAGCAACUCUCAGAAGAUAGAAGGCAGCAACUUAUGCUUCAGAAAAUGGAGCUGGAAAUUGAAAAGGAGCGCCUUCAGCAUCUGCUGGCCCAGCAGGAGACAAAACUCCUCCUGAAACAGCAGCAGCUUCAUCAGUCUCGACUGGAUUACAAUUGGUUAAGAACUCAAGCUGUUUUUAAUUCAAGAGAACCGGUUGCUCAUAAAGAGAUUAGUAAACCCCAAGAGCUCAAUCUGGAUAUGAAUGAGAGUGACACUGGACCAAGCUUAUUGAAGUCAAAAUGUGAUGACUGCUUGCUAGGAACAUCAUCAUCCGUCAAAAAGUACCAAGGCUCUACUAACAGCGGAGAGAGUAGAAGGGAGAAGAAGACAGUUGAGUUUCAGUCACAUGUGGAAGAUGAUGCCCUGUGGACGUGUCAAAAGAAAGAUGCAUUUCAACCCCAAAGAGGGACGAUGGCAGGAGUUAGGAGAGAUGCAUCCACAUCUCCUAUGACAACAGGAAGCCAAAAGGAGCUUGUAACCCCAACCACAUCAUCCGCCCAACAUGGCACCUCCCGGUAUGAAACAUCGCUGUUGGAUUUGGUUCAAUCUCUGAGUCCAAAGACUGCUCUCAAACCUCGGUCCCAUCCCUCCAGAGAAGCGGGGUCCUGGAAUCACAGCACUUGCCGGUGCAGUCCUCUGAAAUCGACCUGGAACAAGCCCAGGGCAGGCAGGACCCCUGAAGACCUGGAGGAGAACCAAAUUCUGGAAGAUAUCUUUUUCAUUUGACACUGAAGUACACGCUGCAGAAUGUCCGUCAGAAAUGAGUGGGUGUUUUUAUAUACUGAUCUAGGAUUUUAAAUUAUUUGACUGCAAUGUAAUCGUGUCUCUCCUUUCACAGGGGCCUGUCUCACUACCACCCUGUUUAGUAUCGAAUAUAGAAACCAUUCUAACAACCCAGGGUGUUUCUGAUCAGACCAGUCAGUAGGUAACAGCACAUUAAGGGGGAUGGUGUGGAGGGCAGUAUCUUUUCUAUGCCAAGCAGAAUGGAGAAAAUGACCAUAGGACGCUUUCUGCCUGGCAGGGGCCAUGGCAUACUCAGCCUCACCUCAGAACUGUUUCCUUCUCAGUAUUUUGCUGGAAAGGAUUGGCUCUGUUUUCUACACAAGGGAAGCCAUUCCACUGAAAGAGCCCUCUGAUCUAAGCAUAGCCCCGUGUCACACAGGCCGUCUCAGAGACAGCCCCUUUUACCUCUCACCCGGUUUCCCUACCACCUACCUCAUUCUGAGUGUACUCUUUUAAUUCUGAAGUUGGAGUCAGUGCCCUUCCUUCCCAGGCAACGCUGAGGACCACUUGUGAGUCAGUCUCAGUAGUCAUCAGCCUGGCACACCCCAUAAUGCAAAGGGCUCAAUGAUCUAGAAGGAGAGAGGGAGGGGACCCAUCCAUUUGGAGGGACCCACUCAACCCUUGGAAACCAGCCUUAAAAUUACACAAGAGAGUGCUGCCCUAUGGAGGGACAAGCCUGAAAUGCUUUUCCUGCUGCCCGCCAUUUCCCAGGGUAAAUAAGAGCAAUCUCUCAGUACUUUUCCCUGACCCAGUGUCUGCUUAUUACCCGGCUGAACUCGUGUGGGAGAUGCCACUAGAGGGCAGGUGGCAUCAGCUGGCCUCCCCUCCCACUCUGUGGGUUGGCCAGGCCUUGCCUGUGCUCUGCUCAAAGCCACCAUCCCAUGGCCCCAGAGAACCAUCUCCACUUCCCAGAUUAUGUUCCACCACCCCAAGCAGGGUCUCCCCCGCUCUCCCACUGGGCCUCGCGGCGAAGGCUUGUGGAAGAAGUACCCUUGAAAUCUCGUUUUCUCUCUGCUCUGCUAUUCCGCAAAGCUCUUGAGAUGGGUCCUUCAGCUUCAGUGGGCUCUAGUGGCCUCUCAAGCCGAUGGGCAGUGUGACGAGCCCAGGAGAGCCAGUGAGUUUAAACUUCCCAGUCAUUAGAAGCAAGGGGGAGAUGUGUAUUACUUUCAUGACUUUAUUUGAUGCAGAGAGCUGCUUUUUUUUCUCUCUCCCUUUCACCAACCCCUGGCUCGAACUGAAACCAGGGCUGUCAGUCAUUAUUGGUAGCCAAGGUCAGACCAUCGCAGGGUGGGCUGCACUUCAUCAGGCUGCUUCCCUGAAGUCUUUAUCAAAACUAGAUUGUUUCAGCCUACAAACACUUCUGAGCAGCUUCCUCGUCUGGAUAGAUCCAAAUCUCAUUGUCUCUUCAGGCUGAAGCCCUGUCACCUCCACCCAACCUUCCUUCUCUUGGGUCUUCUUUGUUCUUUGGAGGAGAGAAUAUAGCUUCCCGAUGCCUUAUUCUUAAUCUGAGCUGAAUGUAAGAUCAGGACGAACUAGUUGCCAUCGUUCAGUUGAAAAGUUCAAAAUCAUUGCAGAUUACAAUUUCCUUUUAAAGUUCACCCCUAUAGGAGUCACUGAAUCAGUUUCAUCCCAUUUCAGAAGCCUUUGGAAAAUAGAGCUUUCUUUGGUCUGGAAAAAAAUGGGUGGAAACAAACUGAGACCCCUUGACUAUUUCCUGAGCCAAAGUUAGUUUUCCAGAACCAUCCUUUCCUUGGCCCAUGUGUCGUGACCUCCUUAAAUACACCCAGCUGCCUUGGGUCAUCCAUAACAGACAUACUCCCAUUCUGGACACCAGCAUCCUUACUGCUCUCUGGAGUAAGAGGAGGCCAGAAGGACCCAGAAAGGGGUUGUAAUUUCUUCAAGAAGCUUGUUUGCCUUUAGAAGAAUCAACAGGAUCUAAACUAGAGGCUUUGGGGGAGGGGAAGUCCCACAGGAUGGAGUUUAAGUGCCUCUUGGCCUCUCCUGAGUGAGCAAUUUGGAAGAGCAAAGAUGAAUUUUCAGCAGAGCAUCAGUCAACCUCUUUUUCAUGUGCCAAGUUCCCCCUAUGAGUCACCUUUCUCUAUCCUGUAGGCAUUUCCUGGGGGUCAGAGCUAUAGGAUGUGAGUUUGUGUCUAGUGUAAUGUCUUCAUUGUGAAUUGAACAGGAUAUGUUAACAUUUUAAUUUGUGUCUCACUUUGAGAAGUUGUAGAGCCUCAAGGCUCUUGUAGAGCCUGGAGGCUUAACCUAAUUGCGGACUAACCUACCAGGGAGAGGGUCUGGCACACAUAGGAAUCUUCCUUUCCUUCCCGUUAGGCACUCCUAUCCGUGACUGGCAGGGAUGCGCGCACCCCGUCUCCAGCCAUUUCCCCAAAGCGAGACUGGGCACAUACUGGGGGUGCUGCCAACAGCGUACCACCUUGCCCGCCCGGCUUCCCACCAUUCUGUGCAAGGAAAGCCAACGAAUGUUUGCCAAAUGGGAAAGGACAAAGUGCCCAUUGCAGCUCUUUAAGUAGGGCCCUCAGUGCUUGAUUUUAAAAAAGUUAAUCAAGGAAGAGUUUCACUGACAGUCAUCCUUCUAGGAGGCAUUCUCGUGUUUAUCCAGACCUGACCUCCAUGGUUGGGACUUACCUCGGGCACCCCAAAUGUCAUGGGGAAGGAGGGGCUCUCUCCUGCUCCAGAGCCACCCCCUUCACUUGGCACUGCUUCCGGCACCAUUGUUCAUACAAGAGAUUUGCUGGUCAGAGACUCUGGGGAUGGGGGCAGGCUUAAAGGGGCAGAGCUGCAGGAAGUCUGCAUCACGGGGGAGGUCGAGGCUAUGGCAGAUUCCCCCAGCUCACGCUUUAUCCCCUCGUCAGUGUGUUAUUUUUAAUGUGGGCAGAUGUUUGUAUCCAUGUGAGGCUGUAUGGUAAUGAGUUACCUUUAUGGCUAUCUUCCCCAUGUGCUCUUGCUGUUGAACUGUUCCGUGAACAUCCCUCAUCAGAUCAGUGGAGCAUAGCUUGAAAGCACCAGCAGAUCCUGGGGUUAUCAAAAUGUUAUUUCUCCAAGUACUUGUUAAAACAACAGGAGCUUGUGGUCCAUUGAAAGAAAGGAAACAGUUUGCCACAUCCUGUAGGUUUUCCGGGCUGACUCCAGCUCACUCCCGUCCCAUGAACACCAAGCCUCCUCUAGGCUGUGCAGUUACCAGAAUGGAAGUUUCAGUCUCUGCGCAUUCCUGAGUCCCUCCUACCUGCCUGUUCCCAAAGCUGCUCAGCAAAGAAAUAUCUCGGCACUUUGACACGGGAAAAACAGUCCUGCCUAGUUGGCUUUAGGUGCUGGGAGGAUGUUGGUGAGGCCUUGAGGGCCUGAAAUGUCCAGUUCUGAGAUCACACCUGUGGAUGCAACCAAAACAGCCAGAGACCCUAUCCUGCCCACUGCUCCCCCAGCCAGCCUGGCACCCACCCCUGAACAAGGCGGUUUUGCAGCUGCUGCCCCCUAGAGGCAGAGGUGGCAAGAGCAAAAUCAUCACUCAGCUGGCUCCCAAGCUGAAAAUGAACUAAGUCAAGGUUUGCCUCGAUGAGAUUACCCUUGAAUCUAGGAACAGAGCUAGAGAUGAGUAGGGUGAGAGUGACACCCCGGUCCUCAGAGGAAGAAUGACCUGGUAGCUAGAGUGCCAGAUUCGUAAAUCAGUAACGUUACCCAGUUUCUCAGAGUUGCUGUUCGAGGUGGGUUGUUCCUGAGCCCCUCCGGUUCCAUUGUUCCCUUCAGGAGUGGACCCUUCUCCUCUCUCAGGCUUCAGAGCUCUUCCGCCUCCCUGUCCGCCUCCCACACACACCUAGGAAAUGCUCGGGGCCUUUUCUGCCUCCACUCCUCCUCCCCGCCACCUUCCAGGGCACACUGUUGCUGGAUCGGCCCGCAGAGCCAUGUGGUCCAUCACUUUCACUUUACAGAUAAAGGAAGUUCAGAGAUCAGUGAGCGCUCCCAUCCCGUCCAGGCCAGGUCUUGCUCCCAAGCUGGUACCCUCCCCACUGCAGUACAUCGUCACCUUCCUUGCCCUGGUGUUCAAAGAUGAACAUUUUUAAGAAUCUCAACUAGGACUGAACAUUCCACCACCAUCUCUUAGAAGUGAGCUCUCACAGACCACUUGGGCCAAGGUGAGCAAAACCGUAGCACGUCCAUUUACAGGGGGUUUUUAGGUCCAUAACCCUCAAAGAGUGAGUGCACCGUCUGGAACAGAGGUGCAGAGGCCAUGGGAAGACUGUCUACAGAAACCUCCCUGGAAGCAGAGAACUCUCUCCAGGUAGCAUGAUGGAUGUCACUGUCUUCUCUAAAUAAUAAAGACUGUUAUAGCCCUAGUUAAGACUUCUUCCAAAAAGACCGUGGCCAAAAUGGGGUGAGCCCCACCUUCGCUUGGGUGGAGGGGGUGGUAGGUGUACUAGUAAAAUCAGUAGGAAUGACCUGUAUCAUAUGCUGCCAGCGGGGCAACCAGCUGCUUGUCCACGAUCUGCCAAAACCUGAGGCUUGUCUUCAUCAGUGCUCCUGGCCAGUUGAGUGCCUCCCCUGGGCCCAGCAUUGUGGUAGAUGUUAGUCAGAAGUGCUAACAAGCCACAGAACUGAGGAGACCUUGCACCAAUCUCAGUUACGCUGCUUCCUGGCGGAAUAAUCUUAGGCAAUAUAUUAACCACACCGAACCUAAGUUUCUUAAUCUGUAAAAUGGGGAUGGUAAUGCAUCCCUCUUAGGAUGGCCAUAAGGGCGAAAUUCAAUGAGAUAAUGUACGUGAAGGGCCUAGGAGGAGUAAUCUGACACAACGUGUUCCGCUCAUGGUCACCUUCAUUCCUAUCAUUUAUUUCUCAGUGAACUUGCAGACUAGAUAGAAGACGAAGCUUCAUACGUUAAAGUUGUUAACAAUAAUAAAACAAGAGCCAUGACAGUACAUUUCCUGGUGACUGGUAGGAAGCUGUAAACCCUAUGGUUUCAGAUAGCAAAUUGCUGGGCUGAGUUACCUUAGGAUUUGUGGAA